UUUUUUAUUACUAUACAAUCUUACGACUUACAUUCUCAUUUCUGCCGCACCAAGCCGACUUUCGCCCCUACCCUAUUCGCUUACACCUUAUCAGCAUUCAGCGUGAUCGUGCGCACUUUGGUCGACGGAAUCGUUUGUUAUCGUUUGAUUUUUGUAUUCGUGUUUCGUUCGCUGAUUGCUGUCGAGUGUCGACCGUCGACGGGCAACAGUCAACACUGAACACUUCAACAGUAACUAACUCCUGAGUCACAACAUUCAACGCCCGGCACGACGGUGCCUUUAGUAAACAAUAAUCGUGUCGUCGUAGUAAUAAAUUCGCGCGGUCGUCGUUGGAGGCGGCGAUUGAAGAGGAAUUAAAAAAAUGUAAGCAGAACAAAAAAAAAAAAUUGUCUGGAAAAAAACUUGUCAACGGACGCAUUUUUGAUUCCGUUCUACAAAUUCGAUUGCGACGGGGUUUCGUUAUUGCUCUGUCAGCGCAUUUGUAUGUGAUAAAAUAAAGGAACUGAAAAAAAAAAUACUAGGUAUAACCACAUACUCAUAACCUGUGGAUUUGUUGUAGUUCGGUUUCCUUCAGACAUGUCUUGCACUAAACAUGGUUUGAGGUGUGCACCAUAGCCCUCGAUCACACUGCGCACACUACAAACCAAUAGCGUCAAAUUGUACUAUAAUUACCCUUGACUGCGAGGGAACAAUGUUAACGCUGUUCAGCAAUGCCCAUAACUACACUACUUCAAUUACGGUCGGCUACCUUGGGGUGGAUGUUGAUUGGUGGCUCUGGAUGACAUGGCUGCUUUGGCCACUCAUUGUUACGUUCCUGUUGCCCCUCACCAUCGUUCUGUUGUUCUACAUAACUGGUGUUAUACUCUAUGUCUAUAAACUUCACAGGGAAAGACUUAUAAAUGCAUAUGAAAAUAAUUUUUGGGAUGGUGCAAUAAAAACUGUAGCUGCAUUAUGGGAUGCUCAUGGUUGGAUUUGGCAUGGAUAUGAAUUAAAUGGCCUUGAAAAUGUACCUAUUGACAGUCCAGCAUUGUUAGUGUAUUAUCAUGGUGCUAUUCCUAUUGAUUUGUAUUACAUGAUUUCUAGAAUAUAUUUGAUAAAGGCAAAAUUGGUUCAUACUGUGGCUGAUCAUUUUCUGUUUAAGUUACCUGGAUGGUCAAUAAUAUCUGAACCAUUAAAAGUAAUACCUGGUACUGUACAGACUUGUUCAGAUAUACUGAAAGAAAACAAUCUUUUAGCAAUUUCGCCUGGUGGUGUUUAUGAAGCUCAAUUUGGUGACAGGUAUUACAGACUUAUGUGGAAAAAGCGAUUUGGUUUUGCUAAAGUAGCUAUAGAUGCUAAAGUACCUAUUAUACCGGUAUUCACACAAAAUAUUCGUGAAGCAUUUCGUUGUAUUGGUAUUGGUCGUCGAUUCUGGUUGCGAAUAUAUUUAUGGACCAGGUUGCCAAUAGUACCAAUAUAUGGAUGGUUUCCCGUCAAACUAAGAACUCAUAUUGGUAAACCAAUUCCAUAUGAUCCAGAUCUAUCAGCCGAAGACUUACAAAAAAAGGUGGCAAGUGCAAUUGAAGAAUUAAUAUGUCAACACCAAAAAGUGCCUGGCAAUAUACUAAGAGCUCUCUGUGAACGUGUUUAUAACCCUUUAAACUGUAGUAAGAAGAAAACAUGACAUUACGCUUUGCUUACAAGUAAUGGGAAUGUUUAAACUGAUUGCCACGGUAUUUAGACUGUGUUGUGGUACAUUGUAAUUUGUGACAAAUUGUAACUGACUUCUCUAUAGCAUAAUUCAAUUAAUGAUAUCUUAACUUUUUUAAGUAUUUAUAAGUUAUAUAUUAUAUAUGAAAAAACUCAGUUUAUAGUUAAUUAAUUAAUAUCUGUAAAAACAAAUUUUUUUAUUUUUAUUUGGUUAAGUACUUAAUUCAUUUCCAAAUCAGUAGUUUUAUCAAUAACUAUGUUUAAUUAAAUUGUGUUAUUUAUUGACAGCUACAUGUAACAUGCCACACCCAAACUUCAAAAUUAAAUUUUUCUUAAAUGUUUAUGAGAAGGGAUAAUAUUGUUAAUAUUGGUAUAGAUAAAUAUAUUAUGUAUAUUAUUUUCUAUUAUUUAUCCAUAAUCUACUUAAGUUUGUUUGGAGUAAAAAAAGGAAUAGUUAUAGAAUGGUAUUGAAAUGUAGCUGUGAUUAUAUUAUACACUGAGACUUUUGAUAUAGUUAUUGAUUUUGGUGUAUGAUAAUUUAUUAUCUGAAUUUUGUGUUCAAUUAUUAAUAUGUAUGUAAUAUGAAAUUGUUUACAUAUUAUUUAAAAAAAUCAUUAAUGGUUAUGAUAAAUUUGAUUCCCAUUUAUUGUAAUUUGGCUGUCCAGUUUUUUAUUUUUAUUUACCAAAACGAUGUGCUAAUGAAGAAAUUAUUUUAUAAUUUAGUUAAAACUACUUUGUGAUAUAUUUUUAAAUAUUUAUUAUUAUGUAUUUGACACUGUAUUUAGAUUGUUUAGAGAUUCUGAUAUUUAUUUUUAUGUUAUAUUUAAACUUAAUUGUAUUUUAAAACAUAAAUUAUGACUUA